UUCAUAAACAUCUAUGUAGAACAAUCCACCAACCAAAUUCCACGUGUCCAAAGCAUAUCCAACAAUGCUUCCCACUGCACUUGAUGAUUACAGUUUCAAAACCAUUGCUUUAUGGUGACAGAGUGAGGUUUCAUCAAAAAAUGGUGGCACCCAUUGCUGUUUCUUCUCCAAAGUCCACACUUUUGCAGAACCCCAUCUAUUUGGGUGACUCAUCUUCAAGCUUUUUUGGGGGAUCUUUGAAGGGUCUUUGCUUGCAUCUGAAACCAAGGCCACAAAGAAGAGACUUUUCCAAUUUGGCUGUGGCUUCUGCUUCUGCCACCCCAAGUGUCGGAAAGAGCAAUUCUGGUGGCAGGUUUUACUUCAACAUCACUGGAUUUCCUUUCCCACUUGGUCCUUUUCUCAAUAGACGCACUAUUAGAACUGAGGCUGUGAAGGGUUGUAUAUGGCUAUUCGAACAGGAGCAGGCAUUAGGCUUCAGCAGUGUUUCCACAAACAUAAGAAUGACUGUUAUCAAACUCAAAUCUGGGGGCUUAUGGGUUCAUGCACCCAUAGCACCAACCGAUGAGUGUAUUCAGCUUAUUAAGGAAUUGGGGGCUCCUGUUGAAUAUAUUGUUCUCCCCACUUUUGCUUAUGAGCACAAAGUAUUUGUUGGUCCAUUUUCUAGAAAAUUUCCCCUUGCUCAGGUGUGGGUGGCACCAAGGCAAUGGAGUUGGCCAUUGAACUUACCAUUGGAAUUCUUCGGUAUUUUUCGCGCUAAAACCUUGAAAGACGAUGAUUUAUCCACUCCUUGGGCUGGAGAAAUAGAGCAAAAGAUUCUAAGCUCACCAGAAGUUGGAAUUGGACCUUAUGUGGAGGUAGCUUUCUACCACAAACCUUCAAAAACACUAUUGGUGACAGAUGCUGUUAUUUUUGUCCCAAGACAACCACCUGAGUGUAUAAGCAAAGAAUCCUUAUUAGCAUCUGCAAAAAAUGGUUUGGCUGUGAAACUUCUCAGUAAAGGAAAGGAGGUACCUGAUGAACCUGUAGUUGACAACAAAAGGAACCGGCAAAAAGGAUGGGAAAGAAUGGUGCUACAAAUCUUGUUUCUUGGUCCAUCAAAUCUUUUAGAACCCAAUGCAAGCUUUGCACAGAUGUCACAGAAGUUGAUAGUUUCACCAAUUGUUAAGACUCUGGUCUUCAGUAAAGUUCCUGAAAAGUUAUUAUGAUCCAGGUGAGAGAGUGGGUUGAUAGCAUUUCCAGAGAUUGGAGGUUCAAGAGAAUAAUCCCUGCUCACUUUGCUGGUCCAAUAAGUGCAAGCAGGUCUGAUUUCAGGGCUGCAUUUGCAUUUCUUGAUGAGUUUCUGGUGGAAAGUAAUGGUGCAUGGCCUUCACUGUCCCUUCUCUUCUCAUCAAUCAUGGGAAAAGCAGCCACCUAUUUUCCUCCAGAUGACAUGAGGACCCUUUCAUCCCUUGACCAGUUUUUGGUGUCUGUUGGAGCUGUCAAGAAAACUGUUUCAGGAAGGAAAAGGUGAGAGUGAAAGAGAGAGAGAGAGAGAGAGAGGUGCAUCACAACUUGUUAACUUUGCAAGUGUAAAAUUAGUAUAAUUUUGUUGCAGGUGGAGUUUGAUCCUUAAAGAUGUAAAUUUUGUUUGACAUUGAUUAUACAAAUAGAGAAGAUAUUUUGCAUGGAAAAA